AUGCGUUUCUCCGUCGCCACCGUUUUCUCCGCCCUCGUGGCUCUGUCUGCUGCCUACACUGCUCCGGACUACAGCCAGAACCCCAGCGGCAAUGCCAUCACCUCUCCCGGCCUGAACGAGAUCGUUCACGAGGGCAAGACCUACACCAUCAAGUGGACCCCCACCACCACUGGUCCCAUCUCCCUGGUCCUCCUGCGCGGUCCCUCCACCAACGUCGUUCCCCUCAAGACUCUCGCUGAGUCCAUCCCCAACAGCGGCGAGUUCAAGUGGACCCCCGGCUCCGACCUCGAGGCCGACGUCACCCACUACGGUCUCCUCCUCGUUGUCGAGGGUACCGGCCAGUACCAGUACUCCACCCAGUUCGGUAUCUCUGCCGCAGCUGGCUCCAGCUCCAGCUCCACCACCGCUGCCGAGACUAGCGCUGCCGAGACCACCGCCGCUGCCUCCGCUCCCGCCUCCUCCACUGUCAUCGAGAGCAUCGAGAUCACCACCACCAUCUGCCCCGAGACUGAGACCACCGCUGCUGCCACCACCCCCCGCCCCCAAGGUCACCGCCACCGCACCCCUCUGAGCUCCAUCCGUCUCACCACCAGCGCUAUCCCCAGCGGCACCGCCUCUGCUUCUCCUUCGGCCUCCUCCCCUGUUUUCAACAGCGCUGGCCGCAACGCUGCUAGCUUCGGUGCCGUCAUGGCCGGUGUCCUCGCUGCUUUCGCCCUCUAA